GCGGAGGCAGUUGGAGGAGUGUGUGGGUUCUCCUGCCCGGCAGCCGCGGAGUGCCCGCCGCUAAUCCGUCCCGGUCACCGCGUCCCGCGUGGUGCAGGCUGCCCCGCUGAGCGGCGGCGGGAGCUGACGGACGCACCUCCCGGCACGCCAGGCUCGACGCUUCCCUUCGCCCGCACUUCCUGCAGCAGCGCCGUGCCGGCUGGGCGGGAAGGAUGGCGGCCCGAGGGAGCUGCCGGGCGCCGACGCGACGGCUGCUCGUGCUCCUGCUGCUUCCGCUGCUCUGGGCCCCGGUCGGGGUCCGCGCCGGCCCCGACGAAGACCUGAGCCACCGAAAUCAGGAGCCGCCGGCGCCCGCCCAGCAGCUGCAGCCGCAGCCCGUGGCAGUGCAGGGCCUCGAGCCGGCCCGGGCCGAGAAAGGACUUACACCAGCCGCCCCAGUUCAUACCAACAGAGAAGAUGCAGCUACCCAGACGAAUCUGGGAUUUAUCCAUGCAUUUGUCGCUGCCAUAUCAGUCAUCAUAGUGUCUGAACUCGGCGACAAGACAUUUUUCAUAGCAGCCAUCAUGGCGAUGCGUUAUAACCGGCUGACUGUGCUGGCUGGUGCCAUGCUUGCCUUGGCCUUGAUGACAUGCUUGUCGGUUUUGUUCGGCUAUGCCACAACAGUCAUCCCCAGGGUGUAUACCUACUAUGUUUCAACUGCACUCUUUGCCAUUUUUGGCAUUAGAAUGCUUCGGGAAGGUUUGAAGAUGAGCCCAGAUGAGGGUCAGGAGGAGCUGGAAGAAGUUCAGGCAGAGUUAAAGAAGAAGGAUGAAGAAUUCCAGCGAACCAAACUCUUAAAUGGACCAGAUGUUGAAACUGGUACAAGCACAACAAUACCUCAGAAGAAGUGGUUGCAUUUUAUUUCACCCAUUUUUGUUCAAGCUCUCACUUUAACAUUCUUGGCAGAAUGGGGAGAUCGCUCUCAACUCACUACCAUUGUUCUGGCAGCUAGAGAGGAUCCCUAUGGUGUAGCAGUGGGUGGAACAGUGGGACACUGUUUAUGCACUGGAUUGGCAGUAAUUGGAGGAAGGAUGAUAGCACAAAAAAUAUCUGUUAGAACAGUGACAAUCAUAGGAGGCAUCGUUUUCCUGGCGUUUGCAUUUUCUGCACUAUUUAUAAGUCCAGACUCUGGUUUUUAAAAAGCUCUUCAUGUGUACUCAGCUUAAGAUAUGCAACUUUCUGUACAUAGUGUACAUCACAACUAAAAGUAAUGGAAAACACUGUAUUUUGUAGUAUUAAUUUGUAAGUUUGACCCAUUUAAUGAAGUAUUAUGUCCAAAAGAGAUAAUCAUUGAUUCUAGUUGUAAAGAAUUUAGAAGUCUGACUUCUAAGUGUGGGUUUUUUCUCCAGCCUAAUUAUGUUAACACCCCAGCCCUUAGGUCUGUUCUGCUACGUGUGUCCACUUGAGGUUUUUUGCAGCAUGACCCUUUUAUAAAUACAAUUUCUCCUUGGACACUGGGAUGUUUAUAUAUAUGUAUAUCUUAAACAUUUCCUUGGGGGGAAAAUGAAAUAUUUCUACUUUUAAAACCAUAUUCCUGAGCCAGUAUAGUAAUCAGUAGUUUUGUCUUUUGGGAAUUAGGAUUAAAGAGAGAAAUAAGGUUUACUGUUGUAUUAAUAACAUGCCGUAAGAGUUGUUGGCUACAUCCAUUCUCCCUCUUAUUUUUUUUUUAAAUUGGGUAAGAUACCCAAUAUAAAAAUAGUCAAUAUUUGACAACAUGGACUUACCAAGUUAAAAGAGAAUACUAUGAAUGUAUUCCUAUUUUUUCUAUACUGAAUAAACAAUGUAACAGAUACAAUGUAAAUAAAAGUGGUAUGACUAGUACUUGGUUUUUGUGUGUUAUACAAAAUACUUUAUAACUUACCAAAGUAGUAGUAGUAUUUCCUAUUUAUUUUAUUUACAUUCUGUUAUUUCCAAGAACUACUAUGCAGUUUAUUUCAGAGUCUGAAGUCAUCCCUUGAUCAGAGCAACCUCAGUAGCCACUCAAGAGUGUGUUCUAACGAUACUGUGCUUCCAUGGUGUGUUCUAGUGUAAUGUGGGAGCACUGCCAUUAAUAGUAUCUUUAAGUGUGAAGGCUGGUUCCUUUAUGGAAAUGUUCAGGUAACCCUGUGUGGAACAUGAUAGAACAAUGUAUUUAACUGAGCGAUGACAGAUGUCAACAAUGUAAUUUGAGGCUAUUGUGAAGAACCAGCUAAGUCACCUAACACUCUAAUGAAAAUUGUUGAAAGUUACUUUUUAGUUGUUAGCUAUUCUUCCAAAUAUUGUUAAACAGCAAAUACUGAUGAACUCUUUUCUGUAAGCUUUUAAGGAGUUUUCUGAUUCCAUAAAACCUGUAGUACUAAAGGACAGAAAAACAGCUUCCAUGAAUUAUAGCAAACACUUUAGAGAAACCCUCGUCCUGUCUCACACUGCACCUUCUACAUGAGUAGACCCGUGAGGGUGAGCACGGAGCAUAACUGCUGAGAAAGCAGUCUUGUACCAGCAGGACACUGUUUCUCUAAGUGGUAAUUAAAAUGUAAGCUACAAGGCAAACACUGCUAGCACAAUUAGGCCCCACUGUUGAAUAAAGAAAGGAAAAUGUCACUGACAGAUUUAAAAACAUUUAAUAGUCUUUCUGUAAAUCAAAUGUGACUCUUACAUGUUAUGUCCACAGAAAGCAGGUAAUUCAUACUGAGAAGCAGCACUGAGGUAUUCUUUAUUUUUAAAACUGAAGGAAACAAAGUUUGGAUCUAAUUAUUUUGACAUUAAAACAAAAACAGAAAGUCCAUUGCUACUGCUUGGCUCUUUUGCUGUAAUUUUUGAUUCUGAAUACAUUACAGGCGUCUAUGGAAAAGAGCGUUCUGAUAGUACAUGGAGAUGUAGGUAGAGCCUGUGCUCAUACAGCAAGAGGCCUGAGUGAAGGCAUGCUGGCAACACAGUUUUACCUCUUAAGAAGUAACUUUGAUAACCAAGGAUAACCAAUUGUAUCAAACUCAACUAAAAUGGCAAUAUUCAGCUGGUAACAGGAGUCCAUAUUUUAGUCAAUACUGUUUUCCAAAUGUAGCUUAUGAAAACCAGGGAACCUAAUAUAGCACCAUUGAAACCAUUCAUUAUCCAUCGUUUGUGGAGUUUAGGGUUUUGGCAAAAAGGGUAAUACCUGAAAGAAUGCCAGUCUUUUCUAAUAACUGAAUUCAUCUCAGUGAACUGUUUACUUGGGGGGAGGGGGUAUUCUUAUCUGGAGGUCAGCAGCCACGUGUAUUUCUCCCUCGGGAGCCGGAAAUGAUGAGCUAUGAAAUGAUGAGCUAUGUCUACUGUUUUCAUUUAAACCCAGAACCAAGCAGUAAGGACAGCAAUGUCAAGAACAGCACAGCAAGAACCACAGAGAACAGCAAAGAAUCUGGUGCAUGUUUAUACAACCACUAACUGAUUUAACAAAGUUUACAAAGAUAAAACAUUUUUUUUUUUUUUGCACUAACUGGUUUUAAUACAGCACUAAUUGAACUUGUCUUUGGGCUUCACUCCUUACACAGGGUGAAUGUGAAAGUGCUAUACUAGAGCUUUCCCCAACUGAAGCCACAAUAAAAUAGAUUUCAAAAUAACUUUAGAA